GGCUUAGCUAGUUGUUCAACAUCAUCAAAAGCAAAAGGUAACAACUAUACAGAGGUGCUCAGAGAAAGGAGUGUCAGAUUUUGAGAGCCAGUACAUGUAUCUUUAAGUUUGAGUUUGAGUCUACAUUAUAGAUAAUACAUACAUGUUUUAAUAAAAUGGUCGACGUACGUUGAUGUCGCGAGUUAAAUAAUAUAUAUAAGGUACUUUUUAUUUUUUUAUUUUUAAUAAUAUAAAUAAAUAUAUAAAAUAAAUACGUGGGUUCGGAGUAUGGGAGCAUCAGUAUUGUGAUUGUGCGUGCAGUGACUUGGUUUAUUAAUUUAAACUUACGCUGGUGAGGUAGAUUUGUAUUUUGGAUAAGGUGGCGAUACUUAGUAAGUACCUGUCAUCGCGGCUUUCCCUGGCAACAAGUGUCGUUUCCACCUCCGGAAAUAAUAAUAAAUCGACUGUUGGCCCGUGCCUUAGACGCUCAUAUUUGGUGACAAUUUGAAUUUUAUAAGUAAAUUUUAAAAUAAAUUUAUUGGCAACAUGGAAAAACGACAGGAAGGACUCGCUCCGUUUUCAUCAGAUGAGUGCCCCAACAGCGGAGAAGACAGUGACGAAGAUGUGAUAACGGAUUACUUGGGCUCGGAAAUAACAGAUUGCAGUCAUGUGUCUGUCGUUAAUGGUGAGUUGGCGAGGAUGAAUCUUGAUGACGGCAGUCAUACCAACGCUGAAUAUACCAAAGAUAAUCCGGAUAUCGUCAUGUCUGAGACCGGAGAAGAUCAACGUCAUCCAGACCCCCCGAGGUUCGAAGUUAACAUUCGCAACCAGAAUCCGCUGGUUCCUAUUAUCAGCGUGACUCCUCAUUCUCCGGGUCUAGCAAAGCAUUAUCCUGUUCUAGAAGACAAUCUCCAACAGCUUCAUGAAAUUCACAACAGUAUUCAGCGAAUGCGCGACUUGACACUUUGCACCCUAGGGUACGGGAACCGUUUGCUGCAGAACGAACAAUUACAGCGACUAAGUUCAUCAUGUCCAUCACUCUGUCCUUUGAGUUUGUCAGGCAUCAAAGGACGUACUGGUGAUCGUGGUGGUCCUGGUCCUGGUUCAGAUCCCGAUCUUGCUAAUUGUUCGACCAACAGUUCGCCGACGCAUUUUCCAAAUAACGCUGCUCAAUUACCACCUUCUAUGUUGGGCGUCGAUCGACGCCGCAGUUGGACUGAUCUUGAAGAAACUCGACAUCGUCAUCGGUGUCAAGUUCAAAAUCAUUUACAAGCACAAAAUAUGCGGCAACGCAGCAUCAGUCUGAGUAGUCUAGAUAGCGAAAUGGACCUUGAAUCAGACGGUAAAUCACGUUCCCCUUGUGCAGGAGUUACUAAUAGAUCGUGUAGAUCCCAAACAAGUACUCACUCACUCAACGAAGCCGACCUUGUUCAGAUUGACUUACAGAAGCUCGCGGUCAAAAGAGGCAAUCAAAGGUCAACGGAAACAUCAAACUUACUACCAGGGGUCACAGGAUCACGUUUACCCCUUCAAAAAUCAAUUUCCACGCCAUCAAUCAUCACCCCACCUGGACAAACUUUACUCGCCGAGUCAGGAUCACGCGCAACCCCCUCCUUAGCUGCCAGACGACUUGAAAGAAACGAGAAAGGUAGUGGAAGUGAGACUGAGACUGAGGACCUCCAUACAGCCCAUAGUCAUCACCACCCAUUCCACGAAGACUUAAUACGUCAAGAUUCCGCUAAUGUUCAAGCCUCUCUCGACGAGCUUAUGACCGAUGGAACGGCUUACGAUGAUCAGCACUCGGAAAAAACACGUAGGAAGAGAGGCUCAUUAUUUUUCCGUAAGAAAAAAGACAAGAGUGGGAAGAAACCUAGUCCGCAGUCCCAUCAUUGGAUAACAAUGAAUACUGGGACUCAGGGAACUGUUGUUUGCGAUAUUUGCAUGAAACAGCUCAGCAAUAAAACCAUUAUACAGUGUGAAAUUUGCGGAGCGACAGUACAUCAGAACCAGGCAUGCCGCGAUCAAGCGUCGACGGAAUGUUCAAAGACAAAGAGUACCAAAGGUGCUAUUAAAUCAAUAUCAAAUGUUUCAAUAGCUUCGAGUGUAGGGCACGUAAAACGCGGCUCGACGGCUUCCCUGCCGCCCUCAAGCUCUUCUGGCACCACCAAGGAAAUAACCACCAAGAAAACAGUGACGAGCUACAGCCCUUGGCGGCGUGUUGCCACCAAGCUCGGAGUCAAUCAAAUAAUCAGCGAGGAAAAAGACGGAGAUACUGGACAUCGAGAUAUUGUUAGCGGAUGGGAAGAGUUUGACUUUGGAGAUGACGUACACUUGCUGACAAUCAGCGACAUUGAGGGGCUGGAUCCUGAAUUGAAGUUGGGCGGAGAUGAACCAGAUUCUUGGAGCGCGUCGAUUGGCCGUAGCGAAGCGUUGAGACUUGUUGACAAUAAUGACCGUGAAGUAAAACGUCAAGAGCAUAUUUAUGAAUUCGUGCUUACAGAGAAGCACCACUGUCUUGUACUACUGGCGAUGGACAGAAUAUUUGCCGAAGGAUUGAGAAGACAUUUUCGUCUGGGCGCGGCAGAUCUCGAACGAAUGUUCCCGCGGCUGCGUGAUUUAAUAGACAUACAUUUGCGUUUUUUAUUAAAGUUACGCAAACGUCAAAGUGCUAAUCCUGUUGUGCCGACAAUAGCUGACAUACUUGUUGAUCAGUUUUCAGAUGAAAACUCGUCGCGUAUGACCAGCGCUUACGGUGAAUUCUGCAGCCGGCAUCGCGAUGCUGUUGAUACUUACAAGUAUUAUUUACGGUUGGACGCAAGAUUUGCACGGUUUGUUAAACUAUGUCAGACUAAUCCUUUGUUGAAAAAGAAAGGGAUACCAGAAUGUAUUUUAUUUGUAACGCAACGUUUGACAAAGUAUCCAUUGCUCGUUGAACCGUUGAUAAAAACGGGUACAGUUAAUGAGGAAAAAGAAAACCUACGGCAGGCAUUAAAUCUUGUUAAGCAGAUACUCGGCGACGUUGAUGCCUGCGUCGCUGACAAGGAACGAGAGGACAGAAAACUCGAGAUCUAUAAUCGCAUUGACGCCAAAUCAUUUGCUCAUCAUCGCGGCGUUAAAUUCAAAAAAUCAGAUCUUAUGGCAUUUAAUCGGGUUCUGAAGUUUGAGGGGACCGCGUAUCUGAUGCAGGGCCGAGGAAAAAUGGUACCAGUCACCGUAGUAGUGCUGUCAGAUGUAUUAUUAUUUUUAGCUGAAACACGAGAUCAAAAGUAUGCUUUCUUUGUACCUGAUAAUAAAGCCGGUGUUGUGUCAUUGCAAAAGCUAUUGGUCCGUGAAAAGGCUGGUCAGGAAUCUCGUAGUAUCUAUGUUAUCAGUAGCAGUCCCUCUGAGCCAGAAAUGUUUGAGCUUAAAGUACAGAAACCAAAAGACAAACAUUUGUGGAUAACGGCAAUACGUUCAGCUGUUGAGGCUUGCCCACAGGACUACGAAAAUGACGCUCUUGAUGAAGGCUCUAUUGGUGACAUACCCGGUACUAGGUCAUCAUCAGCCUCCACUUUGUCUAUUGACGAACGACAGCGUAUUGCUAAAGCCAAGGAGACUCAUAUACUGCGAAUAAUAAGUGAGUUGAGGAAAAAAGACACCGAGCAGGCGCUUUUGUUGGAGGAAAAAAUGGCUCUGCAGAUGAGACUGGUCUACGAAGCCAGCGAGGGCAACGAAAAUGACAAUGAGGCGGAAAAAACUGAGCGCAAUGAAAAUACGCCCGAUUACACGCGACUCUGUCGCGGCGAUGGUUCAGAUUCGUCGCAAGUGUGGCAAGAGGUUGUAGUGGCGGUACAAGAAGCGACGCGUCUUGCAAGUUCUUUGUCAUAUGGAGCCGGCGGCGGUUCAUUGUCACGAAGUUUGAGCUCUGCUGGUGAACGACACAGUGAAGCUUAUAUACCUCCAGCUCUUUGUAUUCCACGGCGGGCAGAAACUUUUGCUGGGUUCGAUAACAAUAAUAAAGAACGAUAUCCAUGGCGAGAUUCAGCUGCGCUACAUUCCGUUAUGACUCCACCGAAAACAAGCGAAUUUGUAAAAGAAACAGAGAAUAAAAAAGAGGGUGACGCUCAUGAAGUAAACAGAGAUCAGCAAUUAGCCGCAAUAAGACUUUCGCACUACAUAUACACAUUACUCUGCAUAAUAAGCAAUCAGAUGACAACAAUAGACAGCCUGCAUGCCCAAUUGGCAGCGUGCAAAGACGGAGGAGGUAAAUCGACCAACAGCCGGCCGAAUCCUAACCGUCAGUUGGAGGAGUUGAGAAACUUGCAAGACCAGUUGAGUCGCGAGAAGGCUGCGUUCCGGGCGGCCACCCAGCAGGAGCGGAAGGAGUUGUCCGAAGAGCGUGCAGAAUUAACGAGACUGAGGGAACAAGUUGCUGCAGAGCAGCUGGACGUAACAAACCAACGUGAUCAAUUGUAUCGACGACUCGAGGCAUUGGAACGCUCCGGUGUCGUAACAACUCCAACUGUUUGUUCAAAUGCAACUCACGUGUCACACGUCAGUCAGUCCAGCGACACUCUUCAGUCACGCAAGUCGUUGCCCGACGCUAAGAGAAUACCCUUGAACUUAAUCAGUGCUACUAAUCAACAGAAAGCACCAAGCAAUCUUCCACCUGUUAAACAACAAUUACCACUUAAACUCGCCAGCGGUACCAACAACAAUAGUACAAGGAGUGCCAGCACCGGAUCUAAUAACAGCCCGGAUCGUCACUCAAGGACGAGUAGUAGCCCCGCCGCAGUGGUCACCAGUUCGGCCUACUCAUCUCCAGAAUUGGGUCACAAUCAUUAUCUCCACCAUCAUCAACAUCAGCAUCAGCACCAGCAUCAUAACAAUGGAAACCACUCAUUACUAUCAUUAUCCUCAUCCUUAUCACCUAAUCGCUCGGCUCGCACUACCCGGUCAUCAGCGGAAUCAUAUCACCAGCAGCCGCAACCCCAGCAGCAACAACCGCUGGCACCGCAACCACAUCAACAGCGUGCAGAGCCGCAGCAACCACUCGAAGAGGAAGUUAUUUUUUUCUGACGAUUCUUUCGGUUCGGUCGUAAACACAGCCGACCACCCCGCGCAUCGACAAACGCACCCGGGACGCCCACCUCGACGCCAACUCCAUCCCGCAGCCCGUCUAAAGAGGCCCAAUCACGAAGCCGGGUUAAAUCAUUUUGACUUCCAAUAUUUAAAACUGAUAGUUAAUGUAUUGUACAGUAAAUAAGGUCAGUGAGUUUUUUAUUAUUUUAGUUAUUUUGGUACUGACGUUAAUUAACUGAUGGAUAAUUUGCUUUUGCAAAUUAUGCGGGUCGUUUAUUUUUUAAAUUUACGAUUUAUCAGCCUCGGCUUUUACUAAAAUUAUAGUAAACAAACAUAAAUAAUAAUAAUAAUAAUUUUGAAUAAUCGAUGGUUUUAAAUCAGUAAAAAAAGUCGCAAUUGAACCGAAUUGAUAGUUUAAUAAUAAUUGUAAUAAUUAAGUAUUUAAAAUGAGUAUUAAUUAACCGUUUUGGUAAUUAGUUUAGAUCAUCUUGUUGCUUAUCCUGUUAAAUCGACUGAAAGUUUCUUGAUAUACAGAUGACAAAAAUCCACAGAGUCGAUAAUUGUUGAAAAUUAUAAUAAAUAUUUAAAAUAAAAAUAUAAAUUUUUGGAGCAAUGAAACAUGAUCAGUAAUCAUACAAAUAAAUAAAUUUAAAAAAUACUUGGAAAGUUAUUAUAUAUAUAUUUAUGCCGCUUUUAUAAUUUAUGUAUGUACAUAUAUAUACUGGCAUAUAUAUGUAUGUGGAAUAAAAAUUUUUCUAUCGCCUUACUCUGUAAUUACAACUGUAAUGAUUAUUGAUUAUUAUUAUUAUUUAAAAUUAUUACUAUGAUUGCAAAUAAAAGUUUUUUUUUUUGUAAAAGAGAACGCGGGUAUUUAGCAGACAGAGUAAUAUUUUUUAAAUAAAUUUUAAAGAAAAAAUAAUAGUUGAGAGCGAUGACGAUCGAUACAUAUUACAGUAUUAAAAAAAAGUAUAUAAAUAUAUAUAUUAUUAAUAUAUGAUGAUAUAUGAUGAACGCACUGUUUAACAAAAUGAGGCAAUCAUUAUUUUAAAUCCAGCGUAAUGAUAAUCGAUUACUUCCAGUUAUGAUUUAAUGCAUUUAUUAAUCAAGACUUGACAAUUAUUACCAAUUAAAUUUAAUUAUUAAUUUCAAUAUUUUGUAUCAGAAUUCGGGUGUCGAUGGAGAGAAAUUAUGCCCGUGAUAUUGAAGACAGCAGACCUGUAGUUUUUGUAAACAAAUUAUAUAUUAUUAUGAGUAAUUAAUAUAAAUAUCAAGGGUUUAAUAUUUGACCCGGGGAAAAAAUUAAUGGCAAUAUAAAAAUUUAAUUUAUUUGAAAAAAAAAAAUUUCAAGUGUCUGCUGCUUUCGCUUCCAAAAAAUCUACAGAAAGGAAUUAAAAUUAAUAAAUAAAAAAAAACAAAUUCUUUAUCAUCGAAUGUUAGAGUAAUUGCGAUAACCGGCAACGAAUCUGCCUCUCAAUCAGCACUAACUUUAAAACUUAAUUUAUAUUUUUCUUUUACUAUUCCGCGCACGCUCCUCUAAAGACAAGUAACUGAUAAAAAAAUGAAUAUAUUUAUAUAUAAAAUAAGCUCACUUAUAUUGCAUUUAAUUUAAAAAAUGAAUAAUCAGGAUUAAGAAUGGAAAUUUGCCAAUGGAGAGGAGUAAUCCUCAAUUCCUUAUUUAUUAUAAUUAUAACAAUAAAUGAAUAAUAAUAAAUGAGGAUUGGGAAAGGCUGGCUUAUCCACUGCCAUUUGUUAUUUUAUUAUUUUACAAUAAGUUUAUAAUUUUAUUUAUUAUUAUCAGUAUCAUUGUAAUUAUAUUAUUAUAAAUAAUUAUUCCAUAAAUCAUGAUCGACAUCAAAAGACAUUGAUUAAAUUCAUUAAUUUUUUUUCAAUUAAUAAAAAAAAUAUAUCGUAUUCUUAAUUUAAUUUAAUAAAAAAUAAUUAUUUUAUUACGGCAAUGAGACUGAUAGCGGGACAGCUGAAGAAAUUUUUUAAUUUUAGUAAAGAAUUUAAUUAUAAAAUAGUGACAUUAAAUUGAAGAAAAAAAAAAAAAAAAACUUGAAAAGUAAACAUAUAAGAAAAAAUUUCAAAAAAAUUAGUGAUGAGAAAAAGUAGUGGGAUAUUUCGGUCACCAGAGAGACAGUUUUUCAAAAUAAAUUCUUCCAGAAUUUGAAAGUAUAAAAUUUAUUAAAAAAAAAAAAUAACUGAUGAUUGUCCUGCUAUUGGUCUCGUUAUACUCGAUGCUAUCGUGCAAUACUGAUUUAAAUAAUAAACGAAUAAAAGAUAAUGUUUAUAAACAUAAUCUGAGAAAACGAUUCGUACUUAAUUAUACGUAAUCUCUGUAUUAAAUAGAAAAAACU